CAAUUCUUGGUGGAGCUGGCUAAUGACCCAAAGCUUGUAUAUCACUGUGGACUAACACCAAGAAAACUACCAGAACUGGUGGAGAACAAUCCUGUCAUAGCAGUUGAAGUUCUCAUUAAGUUGGUGAAUUCGCCUGAAAUUGCAGAAUACUUCACAGUACUUGUCAGUAUGGACAUGAGUCUUCAUUCGAUGGAAGUUGUGAACAGGCUUACUCAGGCCGUCGAACUUCCCACUGAAUUCAUACACAUACAUGGCAUAACCAAAUCCAACCAGCCAAGUUUUACUCGGUUGGGAAGGUAUUCUCCAUCAACGGAUUCUCUAAUGAUGAUUGGUCCUUUCAUCUGA